GUGUUCCAUUUCCGCCCAGUCACAAGCUGAGUACAAGUGAGGUUUUUGAUUCCAAAACAGGAAAGCCUCGUAUGGAUGUCCUAAAACAACAUUUUGUAUUAGAAGGAAGAUUAGAAGAAUCUUGUGCUUUAAAAAUUAUCAAUGAGGGAGCAGCCUUGUUACGAUCUGAGAAAACAAUGAUAGAUAUAGAAGCACCCGUCACAGUAUGUGGUGAUAUACAUGGUCAAUUUUUUGACUUGAUGAAACUCUUUGAAGUUGGGGGACCUCCUGCAACAACUAAGUAUUUAUUUUUGGGUGAUUAUGUUGAUAGAGGAUACUUCAGCAUAGAGUGUGUUCUAUAUCUUUGGUCGCUGAAGUUGAAUCAUCCAACCACAGUAUUUUUAUUAAGAGGAAAUCACGAGUGCAGGCACUUAACAGAAUAUUUCACCUUUAAAACAGAAUGUAAAAUAAAGUAUUCUGAACAUAUUUAUGAUGCUUGUAUGGAUGCCUUUGACUGUUUACCUCUAUCUGCUCUAAUGAAUCAACAGUUCCUUUGUGUUCAUGGAGGUCUUUCACCUGAAGUGCACAACUUGGAUGACAUUAGAAAAUUGGAUCGUUUUAAAGAACCCCCUGCAUUUGGACCUAUGUGUGACCUGCUAUGGUCUGAUCCAUUAGAAGAUUUUGGAAAUGAAAAGCACAGUGAACACUUCAGCCAUAAUAAUGUUAGGGGUUGUUCAUACUUUUACAGUUAUGCAGCAUGUUGUGAAUUCUUGCAACAGAACAAUUUGUUAUCUGUAAUACGAGCCCAUGAGGCACAAGAUGCUGGUUAUCGAAUGUACAGGAAGAGUCAGACAACUGGCUUUCCAUCCCUCAUCACUAUAUUUUCUGCACCUAAUUAUUUGGAUGUUUACAAUAACAAAGCUGCAGUACUGAAAUAUGAAAAUAAUGUUAUGAAUAUCAGACAAUUUAAUUGUUCUCCUCAUCCAUACUGGUUGCCAAAUUUUAUGGAUGUCUUCACUUGGUCAUUGCCUUUUGUGGGAGAGAAAGUUACUGAAAUGCUGUUAAAUGUGCUCAAUAUUUGUUCUGAUGAUGAAUUAAUGUCAGAAGGAGAUGAUACAUUUGAAGGUGGUGCAGGAAGUGCCAGAAAAGAAGUUAUAAGAAAUAAAAUCAGAGCUAUUGGAAAAAUGGCUCGAGUAUUUUCUGUAUUAAGGGAAGAGAGUGAAAGUGUUCUUCAACUUAAAGGCCUCACUCCAUCUGGAACUUUACCUCGAGGUGCACUUUCAGGAGGUAGUUCUUCACUGCAAAAUGCUCUAGCUGGUUUUUCACCUCACCAUAAAAUAUCAAGCUUUGAAGAAGCAAAAGGUUUGGACAAAAUUAAUGAGCGAAUGCCCCCUCGAAAGGAUGCUCUGUCUUCUCCAGUUGAAGAUGGUGCUUACUCUUCAAGCCGCUCUUCCACUUCGCCCAACAAAUCUUGAAAAGCAUUAUUACUCCAGAAGUCCCAUUGCAGUUGCAUCGUCGUUAAUGUCUGUGUGUGUGUGUGAUUCUGCGGGUCUGCAACGCCUCUAUGCCGCCCACCUUAUUGAGAGCCCACAAUCUUUCAAAACUAUAAUUUUUUUAAACCUACUGUUGGCAUUGCCAGGCAUACAGAAAUUUUACCAUUUUCUUCUUUCUUUCUGACGUUUUUCUUCCUUGGGAAACUAAGUUUUUUUCUCCUCUCACAUCUGAAGUGCAGAAUAAUACAAUGCUUAUCCAUUUCAGCAAUUAAAAGCAUUAGAAUUCUUUAAUUUAUUGUUUAAUGUAAUUAUUCUGUGGUGGCCAAAAAAAAAUUGUAUUUCUACAUAAUUUUGUAUAAGAUUAGGAUUGUGGUCUUAUUACUUAUGCAAUAUUGUUUAAAAUCCUGAAACACAAUACUGCUGUUUAUGCAGUGAGAAUGACAAACAUAAGAUUACUUUAUUUUGUUUUUUACUUUCUCUUGGUGACGGUUCUCAGAAAUUGCAUUUUUAUGCUUUUAUAUUUUUUAUUUAGUGUUACAGCAUUUGCCAUGUAUUAUUCUGUGAUGUUAUAUUUAUUUCAAUUCAAAUCAAAUAAUAUCCAGAGUUAUGAAUCAGCAAUAUUUAUUUUGUAUUUGUUUGUGUUUGUUUUGAACUAAUUAUUUUCUGUUUUUAUUGAGAUAAUUUAUUUUAAUUUUGUUAACAAUUAAUAGAGUUUUAUUACAUAUUCUUUUUAAGUGUUAUUUGUCUGCAUUAAAAUGUGUAUUUCUUAGUUUUUCCAAAUACUGUUUUUUAAGAUCUAGUUAAGAGAAUGUGAGAUUUAGUAAAGCAGAUUACAUGAUACUCUUUUUUUUUUUU